AUGUCCUGCUCGCAUCCUGGGUCGGUCCACGAUUUAACGAUUCUCCACUUGCGACAAGCAAUCCAAAAGGCCAUGCUCGAGAAGACUCCGGAAGAGUUGUUGCGUCCUGACCACGGGGAAUUGUCCACUCAGGCACGUCCUGCGUGGAAUCCACCCAAAGCGGCGUCCAGCGAAUGGCAUGUUGGAUGCUGA